GACCAUCGAGCGGCAACCGACCAUCCAACCACCACCCGCUCCAGCACCAGCUUAGGAAGAAGAAGAACUCGUCGGAGGAGUCGUGAGUUGAAAAGUUGCUGUCCUGUCCCACUGUCUGUCUUCAUCAGUGUGUGUUCCAAAGCUCCUUUCCCGGCCUCUGUAUGCUUUUAAUUAUCAUUUUUUACCUUUUAAGUUUAACCACUCCUCACUGAUCAAUUCAAACCCCUCUCAUCUCUUUCCAUCUAUUUUUAAUUUCUUUCUUUCUUUGCCUUUUACUGGAUUGACUAUCAGUUGAUUUGGUGACCAUGAAAAGAUCGUCUACAGAGAAAGGCAGCCGUGGCCGGGAUGGUGUCGAGUCCAAUUACAAGGGGGUCGCCAUUGACUGGGAGCUCAGGCCCGGAGGCAUGCUUGUUCAGAAGAGAACCGUUGACGAGAAUUCCAGCGCCGGCGGAGGUCCGACGAUCAGGAUCAAGGUCUCUCAUGGCUCCUCUCACCGUGAUAUCUCCUUGCCUGCUCAGUCCACUUUUGGGGAUUUAAAAAGGGUUCUUGCCAAUGAAACUGGCCUGGAGCCCAAGGAGCAGAGGCUAUUGUUCAGAGGGAAAGAAAAGAACGACGAAGAAUAUUUGCACAUGGUGGGUGUAGUAGACAUGUCAAAGGUGAUACUACUGGAAGAUCCAGCUAGCAAAGAGAGGAAGCUCAAGGAGAAGAAGAGAAAUCAAUGUAUACUAAACGCCUACCAGGCUGUAGCCAAAGUCCGAGCAGACGCGGAUAAGCUCCCUGACCAGGCUAUUUCCCUGGAGACAAGCGUUAAAAAUGGUACUUCUGUCGCGGACAAGGACUUUGUCGUCUUGACGGAGUUGCUUAAAUUAGAUGCCAUUGAGGCUGACGGGGAAGCCAAAGUGCAGAGGCAGGUCGAGUCAGGUUCAACGAGGUCGGAGUCUCAUGGACUAAAGGCGGCGAAUUCCAAUCCUUCUAGCGCUGUUUCAGGGAGUGCAAAGUGGGAAACAUUUGAUUGUGGAGUAGGGGGCCUCAGUGCCCCCAAAAACCAGACAAAUCAAUCGGGACUGGGAACUCUUUGAUAGAUUGAACACUACCUCUAAUCGUUUUGGGUUUGGUGGGGGUGUGUUCUCAUAUUGAGAGAAUAAAUAUAAUUAUAUUAAUUGAUGUCGUAAUUUUCUGUAAUUUUUUAUUACAGAAAUACUGUUAACUAAUAAGAAAAACACUUAUUCAUGAAUAUAUGUAACAACAUUUGGAAAA